GCCUGGGCUCCGGAGCGAGCUGGGAGAGCCGCGGUCGCAGCGCGAGCUGUCCUGCAGCUAGACCCGGCGAGACUGAGCGCCCGGAGGGAGGCGGUGGCUCACCCGCCCCGCCCGCCCAAGAGUGGGACACCUCCCGACGCCGAGCCAUGGAGCCUGAACCAGUGGAGGACUGUGUGCAGAGCACGCUCGCUGCCUUGUACCCACCCUUUGAAGCCACAGCCCCAACCCUGUUGGGCCAGGUGUUCCAGGUGGUGGAGAGGACAUAUCAGGAGGAUGCGCUGAGGUACACGCUGGACUUCCUGGUACCCGCUAAACACCUGCUUGCCAAGGUCCAGCAGGAAGCCUGUGCCCAGUAUAGUGGAUUCCUCUUCUUCCACGAGGGCUGGCCACUCUGCUUGCACGAGCAAGUGGUGGUGCAGCUAGCGGCCCUUCCCUGGCAGCUGCUGCGUCCCGGAGACUUCUACCUGCAGGUAGUGCCUUCUGCAGCCCAAGCACCCCGUCUGGCACUGAAAUGUCUGGCGCCAGGAGGUGGGCGGGUACAGGAGCUCCCAGUGCCCAAUGAAGCCUGUGCCUACCUAUUCACACCCGAGUGGCUACAAGGCAUUAACAAGGACCGGCCAACAGGGCGUCUCAGCACCUGCCUUCUGUCUGCACCCUCUGGAAUUCAGCGGCUACCCUGGGCUGAGCUCGUCUGCCCAAGAUUUGUGCACAAAGAGGGCCUCAUGGUGGGACAUCAGCCAAGCACAUUGCCUCCAGAACUGCCCUCUGGACCUCCGGGGCUUCCUAGCUCUCCACUCCCUGAGGAGGUACUUGGUACCCGGAGUCCUGGGGAUGGACACAAUGCUCCUGCAGAAGGUCCAGAAGGUGAAUACGUCGAGCUGUUGGAAGUGACGCUGCCUGUGAGGGGAAGCCCCAUAGAUGCUGAGGCCUCAGGCCUCUCCAGGACUCGCACAGUACCGGCUCGUAAGACCACUGGAGGGAAGGGUAGGCACCGGAGACACAGGGCAUGGAUGAAUCAGAAAGGCCCGGGGUCUCGGGAUCAGGAUGGGACACGCCCACCUGGUGAGGGUAGUAGCACCGGAGCCUCUUCGGACUCCCCUUCAGGGGCUGAGGCAGACCCAGAUGCAGCAGUCCUCGAGGCACCUGAGCCCCCGGCAGAGGCUUCAGGAGAAGCCUCUGAAUCCUGCCUUCUGUCAGGGGAGGCUGUGGGAGGAGUGGGCCAGGGGACUGAAGGACCACCUGAUACCCCUCGAAGAACCGGCAAAGGAAACAGAAGGAAGAAGCGAGCUGCGGGCAGAGGUGCUGUAAGUCGGGGAGGGGAGAGUACCCCACUCAGCCCCCGGGACAAAGAAGAGACUAGACAGCCGGAAGUCCUUAGUCUGCCCUCACCCAGUGAACAGGAACCUGUAGAAUGCAGCCUGGUUAAGGAGAAAGAGGAUUCUGGGAAGCCAGAGUCUGAAUCAAAAGAGGAACUCAAGCCAGCAGAUGAAAAAGAGCCUGCACCCCCAGAAGACUAUGAGCCUCCAGAAGAGGGGAAUAGAGAGAGUGAGAAAGAGGAGUUGCCCCCGGAGUGUACGGCAGGAUCCACAGGUCCUGAAUGGUUCCCAUCUGAGCCUCCAACACAGCCCCUGGAGACUGUGCAGGACGUAAAAGAAGACAGCAUCCCAGAAGAAACUCCCCCAGUUUCUGCUUCGGAUGACCCACUUAUAGUUUGGGACUUGAUGUCAUCUGGAUUCUUCAUUUUGACUGGAGGGGUAGAUCAGACUGGGAGAGCUCUGCUGAGGAUUACGCCUCCACCUCCAUGCCUUCCUGAGGAGCCCUCACCCUCCCAAGAGACACUGAGCACUGCUCUUCGCUAUCUCCACUCACUGCUUAGGCCUGAUCUGCAAUUAUUGGGGCUGACCAUCCUCCUUGACCUUCGCAAGGUGCCCCCACUGCCUCCAGCACUUCUUCCUGCCUUGAGUCAGCUUCAGGACUCAGGCGACCCUCCGUUCAUUCAGAGACUGCUGAUCCUCACUCAUGAAGACCCUCCAGAAGAACUCUGUGGCUUUCAGGGAGCUGAGUUGCUGUCAGAGAAGGAUCUGAAAAGAGUGGCCAAGCCAGAGGAGCUACAGUGGGACUUAGGAGGUCACAGGGACCUCUCCCCCAACCACUGGGCAGAGAUACAUCAGGAGGUGGCAAGGCUGUGCACCUUGUGCCAAGGUGUGCUGACCUCUGUUCGGCAGGCCAUUGAGGAGCUCGAGGGAGCGGCAGAAUCCAAAGAAGAGGAGUCGGUGGGAAUGCCUGAGCCCCUGCAAAAGGUGCUGGCAGAUCCUCGGCUGACGGCGCUACAGAGGAACGGAGGAGCCAUCCUGAUGCGCCUGCGCUCCACGCAUAGCAGCAAGCUAGAGGGCCCAGGCCCAGCUGUGCUAUACCAGGAAGUAGAUGAGGCCAUUCACCAGCUCGUGCGUCUGUCCAACCUACGGGUGCAGCAGCAGGAACAACGCCAACGCCUACGCCAAGUCCAGGAGGUGCUGCAGUGGCUGUCUGGCCCAGGGGAAGAGCAGCUGGCCAGCUUCACCAUACCUGGGAACUCCCUGUCAGUCUUACAAGAGACAGAACUUCGAUUCCGAGCGUUUAGCACUGAGGUGCAGGAGCGCCUAGUCCAAGCCCGGGAAGCAUUGGCUCUGGAGGAAGACAUCACGUCCCAGAAAGUUCUAGAUAUCUUUGAACAACGGCUGGAGCAGGUGGAGAGUGGCCUCCAUCGGGCCCUGAGGCUACAGCGUUUCUUCCAGCAGGCACACGAAUGGGUAGAUGAAGGCUGUGCUCGGCUGGCAGGAGCUGGGCCUGGCCGUGAAGCUGUACUGGCAGCCCUAGCCCUGCGAAGGGCCCCAGAGCCCAGUGCAGGCACCUUCCAAGAGAUGCGAGCCCUGGCCCUAGACUUGGGUAGCCCCGCAGCCCUUCGAGAGUGGGGCCGAUGUCGGGCACGCUGCCAAGAGCUGGAAAGGAGGAUUCAGCAGCAGCUGGGAGAGGAAGCCAGUCCUAGAAGCCACCGACGACGUCGGGCAGACAGUGCCAGCAGCGCAGGGGCCCAGCACGGAGCCCAUAGCCCUUCGCCCAGCCUCAGUUCCCUCCUGCUUCCCAGCAGCCCUGGGCCACGGGCAGCCCCAUCACAUUGCUCUCUGACCCCAUGUGGAGAGGACUAUGAGGAAGAAGGCCUUGAGUUAGCUCCAGAAGCAGAUGGAAGACCCCCAAGGGCUGUGCUGAUCCGAGGACUGGAGGUCACCAGUACUGAAGUGGUAGAUAGGACAUGUUCACCCCGCGAACACGUGCUAUUGGGCCGGGCUGGAGGGCCAGAUGGACCCUGGGGAAUAGGUACCCCUCGAAUGGAACGGAAACGAAGCAUCAGUGCCCAGCAGCGUCUAGUGUCUGAACUGAUUGACUGUGAACAGGAAUAUAUAACCACCCUGAAUGAGCCAGUGCCACCGCCUGGGCCUGAGCUAACUCCUGGGCUUCGCUGCACCUGGGCUGCAGCCCUGAGUGUCCGAGAGAGGCUUCGCAGCUUCCACGGGACCCACUUUCUACAAGAGCUUCAGGGCUGCACCGCCCACCCUCUGCGCAUUGGGGCCUGCUUCCUCCGCCAUGGGGACCAGUUCAACCUCUAUGCACAGUUCGUGAAGCACAGGCAUAAACUGGAGAGUGGUCUGACUGCGCUCACCCCCUCGGUCAAGGGUUCUAUGGAGGGCAGCCCUUGCUUGCCCCGGGCCCUGCAGCAGCCUCUGGAACAGCUAGCUCGGUACGCACAGCUCCUGGAGGAGCUCCUGAGGGAAGCUGGGCCUGAGCUAAGCUCCGAACGCCAGGCCCUCAGGGCUGCUGUACAGCUGCUCCAGGAACAAGAGGCCCGAGGCAGAGAUCUGCUCGCUGUGGAAGCUGUGCGAGGCUGUGAGAUAGAUCUGAGAGAACAGGGACAGCUCCUGCAUCGGGACCCUUUCACUGUCAUCUGUGGCCGGAAAAAGUGCCUACGCCAUGUCUUUCUCUUCGAGGACCUGCUCUUAUUCAGCAAGUCGAAGGGUUCUGAAGGAGGAUCCGAGACCUUUGUUUACAAGCAGGCUUUCAAGACCGCUGACAUGGGGCUGACAGAAAACAUCGGGGACAGCGGACUCUGUUUCGAACUGUGGUUUCGGCGACGGCGUGCACGAGAAGCAUACACUUUGCAGGCCACUUCGCCAGAGACUAAACUCAAGUGGACAAGUUCUAUUGCCCAGCUUCUGUGGAGACAGGCAGCCCACAACAAGGAGCUCCGAGUGCAGCAGAUGGUUUCCAUGGGCAUUGGGAAUAAACCUUUCCUGGACAUUAAAGCCCUUGGGGAACGGACACUGAGUGCCCUGCUCACUGGAAGAGCCGCCCGAACCCGGGCCUCCGUAGCCGUGUCAUCCUUUGAGCAUGCUGGCCCGUCCCUUCCCGGCCUCUCACCGGGAGCCUGCUCCCUGCCUGCCCGCGUCGAGGAGGAGGCCUGGGAUCUGGACGUCAAGCAGAUUUCCCUGGCCUCAGAAACACUUGACUCUUCUGGAGAUGUGUCCCCAGGACCAAGAAACAGUCCCAGCCUGCAGUCCCCCAACCCUGGGAGCAGUACUCCUGCUCUGAGCAGUGGCGGGAUCUUAGGGCUAUCCAGGCAGAGUCAUUCCCGAGCCCUGAGUGACCCCACCACGCCUCUGUGAACUAGGAACCAGAGUGACCCUGUUUGCUUGCCUUUAUGCACUGGGGACAGGGAAAUGUCCCUCUUGCUAUGCAACUGCACACCCCUGGGACACUGCUCUGAUGACAACCCACUAUUCUUCCCAGAAGACUCAUCUCGGCCAGGCUGAAUGGAAUUCCAUUCUGGGGUAUCACGGGAAAUGAAGUGUUCUAAGCCACUGAAGGAGAUGGGGUGGGCAUUGCAGACUUUAUAUGUAAUUACUGUUAUUAUACUAUUUACAUUAAAUGUAUUUACUCUCACUUUGACUCCCAGGAGCCAGCGCAGGCCUCUGGAUUAAGGUGUUUGAACUGACUUCAGUACUUCUCUAUAACCACUAAGUAGGAUUCAGAAGAUAAAACCAAGGCCAGAAAGUAGCUGUCCCUCCCCUUGCUGGCCCAACACUGACAGUCUGUGAGUGUGGGAGAAUGCCUCCCCCUCACAGGCUCUAGGAAGCUCAACGAACUCUGAAGUUCCUCCUCCAUUUUGCACCCACUCCUUGAGGCUGAGACGGUCAGAUGGGCCCAGCACAGUGCAGUAGUUAUCUAGUGAUGUCCGCAGGCCGCAGUGCAAGAGAACCCAAGGCUAUUUAUUACCAAUGCUAAUUCUUGGGGCCACAUCCAGGGUCACUGAAUCCGAAGUCUGGGCGGAAAGCAAAGCUUUGCAUCUGUAUCAAACUCAUUGCCCAGGAACAGUGAAACACAGGCAGACACGCAGACACGCAGGGCCUUGUGCCUCAAGACACCUGUUUAUUGGGGACAUGACUCUUCAACAGGGGUGACAGGAAUCGUACCAAAAAUAGCAACGUCUACAGGGCCCCUGACAGGGCUAGAAGGGUACAGUGCCCCCCACCCCCACCCCUUAUACAAAAAUAAACUCUCAUGCCUAUGGACCAGCAGAAACUGGCAGAGUGGCUCCUUAACAGCAGCACAUCCUCUACCAGCCCUAGGACCCCGUUCUUUGACCCUCACCUCUGCCACGUCUAAGGCACUGUGACUCCUCUGGGCUGGGUGGGUAUUGCUUGCCCACUCUCCUUCACCCACUGCCCACUUUACCUCUUGGUCCACCUUGGGCUGGGAUACGGGUCCCACACUGCUCCCUGCUGGCUGCUCUACCCAACUACCUCUAGCACUCCCCGCUCCCGCGGGGUAAGCUUACUACACUAAUCACUCCUAAGAGGGCUCCCUACCGUUCUUGACCCCCAAGACCUGCCUCUCCGGAUCUAGACAGCCCUGGGCUGCCCUCCUCUUCUAGUGGAGGACUGGGAGGGGUCUCCCCUGACGGUGCCCGGACAUAGGGUGGAGAUGUGUCAGCACGGGGCUGCCGGCGGCCCCGUGCACGACGGCUGUGGUGUACUUGCAGAUGCAAGGCCAUGAGCUCAGGAGCUCCAGUGGCAAAGGGGCAGAA